AUGGAUCCCUCGCUGGUCAAGAUCCCCCCAAUGAAAGACCAAACGGUCGACAACAUCACCGACAAUGUCCACACAAUCAACUCUCUCUGUCAAGACGAGCGUAUGAAAUACGUCCUCGAGCGCCUCGUAACACAUCUCCACGACUUUGCCCGUGAAACCCGCCUCAGCACCGACGAAUGGAUGACCGGUCUCCGCUUCCUAACAGAAGUAGGCCAAAUCAGCUCCGAAGUCCGUCAAGAGUUCAUCCUCCUCUCCGACGUCCUCGGUCUCUCCAUCCUUGUCGACUCAAUCGAUCAUCCCAAGCCUCCCGGUUCCACCGAGGGCACCGUUCUGGGUCCGUUCCACACCCAUGACGCCGAGGAGAUGCCCGCUGGUGACUCCAUGUCCCAUGAUCCCAAGGGCGAGCCCUUGCUCGUUGUCUGCACAUUGAAGGACCUGCAGGGUCGACCUAUCGAUAAUGUCAAGAUUGAUAUCUGGGAGACGGACAGUACUGGCCAUUAUGAUGUGCAGUAUGCAGGCCGGGAUGAGCCUGAUGGCCGCUGUAUUAUGCGGUCUGAUAAGAACGGCGUGUUUUGGUUCAAGGCUAUUACACCCGUGCCGUAUCCCAUUCCUCACGAUGGUCCGGUUGGACGGUUGUUGAAGAAGUUGCACCGUCACCCGUACCGUCCUUCGCAUAUGCACUUCAUGUUUGAGAAGGAGGGAUAUGAUCACUUGAUUACUGCACUAUACCUCCGUAACGAUCCUUAUGAGACCUCGGAUGCUGUGUUUGGUGUCAAGGAUUCUCUGACUGUUGAUAUUGGCAAGGCUGAUGCGGAGAUUGCGAAGAAAUAUAAUGUUCCUGAGGGCCAUGCCCUGCUCACCUAUGACUUCGUGCUGGUUUCCGACGCUGAGACAGCCGAGCUGCGGGCGAAGAACUCCAAGAUGGCGCUUGAUAAGCUUGGUCGUAAGGUGAAGAUUGUGAAUGGACUGCCUAUUCCUGAUCUGGAUUAA